AUGGACACGAAGCGAUGCAUACAUUUUCAGUACUUCUUUCAUAUUAAACUGGUGGAGCAACACGACAUCCACAUCAACAAGGCGAGUAGUUAUCGUCGCAGGAGGGUCUUACCUGUCGCUGCCUUGACAGCCCAAAGGACGCUCGGAGCCGAAAUGAAAGUAGAUCACAUACUACUUCGACUUCCGGUGGCCUUCAUCUCUCUGCGGGAAGUGGUAUGUUCCUGGGCUGCGGGAAGUGGUAUGUUCCAUGGAACAAAUGAAGAUGGUGAUGGGCAAAGAGAAGCACAAGCUGUACGAAAAAGUGAGGAGGAUGAGGCGUUGGAUUCCGAUAUUGGAAAAAUGCUUUUAUUAAGGCAGAC